UCUCAAUUCAAUUUUAUUUUUUUGCCGUUGAGGUUUUGAUUUUAUCCAUUGUUGUUGGAUUGGCUAAGUCGAUUGUAAAAUGAAUAUGAUGCGCCGCCUCAAGAGCAUUGCUUCCGGCCGCUCUUCCGUCUCAGAUCCUGGCGGGGAUUCUGACAUGAAAAGGGUGAAAGUGGAGCAAGAAAUCGAUCAUAUGGUUGUCUGUGAAGUGGACAACGCAGGAGAAAGAUAUACGAGACAAACGGAACCACAUUUCGAAUCCGACUCCACGGGAGCUAUCGCAAGCACAUCGGACGUUCAAGAACUUCCUAAAGAAAUGCAUGAAAUGAAAAUACGAGAGGAUAAAACUGACGACAGUGAUGAAAACGGAAAGGAAAUGGAGCCGACUGUUGUUAGUGGCAGCGGCACCGAAACCGGACAGAUAAUCGUCACUUCAAUCGGUGGCAGAAACGGACAACCUAAACAGACAAUGUCUUAUAUGGCUGAGCGUGUGGUCGGGACGGGGUCGUUUGGAGUUGUAUAUCAGGCAAAAUGUCUAGAAACGGGGGAAUCUGUUGCUAUAAAGAAGGUUCUACAAGAUAGACGAUAUAAGAACAGAGAAUUACAGAUAAUGCAGUUACUUAACCACCCUAAUGUUGUUCAGCUAAAACACUACUUCUACUCCACUACCGAAAAAAACGAGGUUUACCUUAAUCUUGUUCUCGAGUACGUGUCCGAAACUGUUUAUCGAGCUUCGAGACAUUACAGCAGAGUGAAUCAGUGCAUGCCAGUUUUGUACGUACAGCUUUAUACGUAUCAGAUCUGCCGUGCGUUAAAUUAUAUGCAUCGUGUUAUUGGUGUAUGCCACCGUGACAUUAAACCUCAGAAUCUGCUGGUUAACCCACACACACAUCAGCUUAAGCUUUGUGAUUUGGGGAGCGCAAAGAUGUUGGUGCCUGGGGAACCGAAUAUCUCGUAUAUAUGCUCACGUUAUUACAGAGCACCAGAACUGAUAUUUGGAGCAACAGAGUACACAACUGCAAUCGAUAUGUGGUCUGCUGGUUGUGUUAUGGCCGAGCUGCUUUUAGGGCGGCCUUUAUUUCCGGGCGAAAGUAGUGUCGAUCAGCUAGUCGAAAUAAUUAAGGUUUUGGGGACGCCAACUAGAGAGGAAAUCAAGUGCAUGAAUCCAAAUUAUAGUGAAUUUAAGUUUCCGCAGAUUAAAGCCCACCCGUGGCACAAGGUAUUUCACAAGAGAAUGCCACCAGAAGCAGUGGAUCUCGUUUCGAGGCUUCUCCAAUAUUCACCUACUUUACGAUUCACUGCAUUGGAGGCAUGUGCACACCCAUUUUUCGAUGACUUGAGAGAACCGAAUGCAUGCUUGCCAAACGGUCGACAAUUGCCUCCUCUUUUCAACUUCGCAGCCGAAGAAUUGGCUGGUGCACCUUCCGAACUGCUUAAACGGCUCAUUCCGGAACAUUCCAAAAAGUGAAUCUUCUAGAAGGUUGUGGCGGCUCUUGAUUAAGAUACCGAGGGAAUUGUGAUUCCAAUGGCAAAUUGUAGCUUCAACUAAAUUGUUGUUGUAUAUGAUGCCUCUGCAGAUAGAUAUAGAUUUUAGAUAUAUAUCAUCUCUCUCUCUCUAUAUAUAUAUGUUAUUCCAGUUUGCAAGUGUCCAUAGGGCCAAAUGGAAGCUUACAAACUGGAACAAGUUAGAUAUAUAACUCUAGGUACUUAUUUUUUGUAUGUUUCUUUUGUUCACCGUAGAAAUCGAGUUUUCUUAUAAAGGUUACUUCUUGUAAUUUUUCCUACCGUGUCGGAUCUUUGUUUGUUGAUGAAUUUCGUUACAUCAAUUAACGAACAUACAUUCAUGGGUAAGAGAGAUUCGUACAUAAACUACGAUUUCAUUUGUUGUAAGAGCUACAACAUUUAAUUUUU